AUGGGCUUUGCCUUGGAGCGCUUCGCCGACGCGGUGGAGCCUGCUCUCCAGUGCCAGCUGUGCGGCCAGGUGCUGCAGGAGCCCCUGUGCACGCCGUGCGGACACGUCUUCUGCGCCGGCUGCCUGCUGCCCUGGGCGGCGCGUCGGCGACGGUGCCCGCUGCAGUGCCAGCCCCUGGCGCCCGGCGAGCUGUACCGGGUGCUGCCGCUGCGCAGCCUCGUCCAGAAGCUGCGCGUCCGCUGCGACCACCGCGGCUGCGGUCGGACCGUCCGGCUGCACGAGCUGGCGGCGCACGUCGAGCGCUGCGACUUCGGCCCUGCCCGCCGCCGCCGUAGCCGCGAGCGCUGCGCUUCGGGGCUGGGGGCCGCCGGCGGGGACGUGCCCGCGCGGGGGGGCCGCGGCGCGGAGCCCGGGACCCGCCGGGGCGAGGGCGUGCGCGGGGGGCCGCCGGGCGGCUGUGGCGAUAGCGGCGCGCGGGGGCCCGCGCCCCGGGGCGUCGCCUGGAGACUGCGCGAGAAGGCGCUGCGGGCGCAGCUCUGGGCGCUGCGCGGCGAGGUGCAGCGCGCGGCCCGCAGGUACCGGGAGAAGUUCACCCAGUACAUGGCUCACGUCCGCCACUUCGUCGGCGACCUGGGCAACCGCCGCGACCGGGAUGAAGAACAUAAGCCAUUCACUAUCAUGUUAGAAAGAGAAAAUGACACCUUGGGAUUCAAUAUUAUAGGUGGUCGACCAAAUCAGGAAGACACAGGAACUGAAGGAAUUUAUGUUUCAAGAAUUUUAGAAAAUGGACCUGCUGACAGAGCAGAUGGCCUGGAGAUUCAUGACAAAAUCAUAGAGGUCAAUGGGAAAGAUCUUUCCAAGGCCACCCAUGAAGAGGCAGUGGAAGCUUUCCGAAACGCCAAGGAGCCCAUCGUGGUGCAGGUGUUAAGGCGAACGCCUCUCAGUAGACCAUCCUAUGGAAUGGUCCCAGAAGUGCAGCUCAUGAACGCCAGCACUCAGACAGACAUCACCUUUGAACACAUCAUGGCCCUGGCCAAGCUACGACCGCCUACCCCUCCGGUGCCAGACAUCUGUCCAUUUCUGCUCUCAGACAGCUGCCAUUCUCUUCAUCGGAUGGAGCAUGAAUUUUAUGAGGACAAUGAGUAUAUUUCCAGCUUGCCUGCUGAUGCAGACAGAACGGAGGACUUUGAAUAUGAGGAGGUCGAAUUGUGCCGUGUCAGCAGUCAAGAGAAGCUGGGCCUGACAGUCUGUUACCGAACAGAUGAUGAGGAAGACUCCGGCAUUUAUGUCAGCGAGGUGGAUCCAAAUAGCAUUGCUGCCAAAGAUGGCCGAAUUCGAGAAGGGGAUCGUAUUUUGCAAAUAAAUGGGGAAGAUGUCCAGAAUCGGGAAGAAGCCGUGGCCUUGCUGUCUAGCGAUGAGUGUAAGAGAAUCGUGCUGCUUGUUGCAAGGCCAGAGAUUCAGUUGGAUGAAGGCUGGCUAGAAGAUGAAAGAAACGAGUUCUUAGAGGAGUUAAACUUGGAGAUGUUGGAAGAACAGCAUGACGAAGCUGCGCAGCACCCAGCCAGCCACGUGGAGCAGCCAAAAAAGCAUGAGGAAGAAGAAGGGACGACAGAUACAGCGACAUCCUCCUCUAACAACCCGGAGAAGGACAGCGGAGUGGGGCGCACGGAUGAGAGCCUGAGACAGGAGGAGAGCUCCGAGCAGGAGAACGCCGCUGAGGACCCCAACGGCGCGUCCCUGAAGAGCGCGGGGGCGCUGGGGCAGAGCCAGGACACCCUAGGAAGCGUGGAGCUUCGCUACAACGAGAGCUUCGUGUCUGGCGAAUGCAUUGACUCCGACUGCACCGGCAACCACGAUGAGGAGUGUGAAAGAUUCAGGCAGCUCUUGGAGCUCAAAUGCAAGAUUCGCAACCACGCCGAGUACGACCUGUAUUACUCCAGCAGCACCAUCGAGUGCAAUUCAGGGGAGCAGGAGGGCGUGGAGCAUGAGCUGCAGCUGCUCAACGAGGAGCUAAGAAACAUUGAGCUUGAGUGCCAGAACAUCAUGCAGGCUCACAGGCUCCAGAAAGUGACCCAGGAGUAUGGAGACAUCUGGGCGCUGCACGACGGAGGAUUCCAGAAUUACAACACCAGCAUCAAUACGCAAAGGGGGAAACUGGACGACAUCAUGGAGCAUCCAGAGAAGUCCGACAAGGACAGUUCCAGCGCUUACAACACAGCGGAGAGCUGCAGGAGCACCCCCCUGACCGUGGACCGGUCCCCGGACAGUUCCCUGCCAAGAAUGAUCAACCUCACCAAUAAGAAAAACCUGAGCAGCACAAUGGCGGCCCAGCGCUCCUCUUCCGGACACAGUGGCAGGGAGUCGGCUUCCACCAAAACCACAACCGCGGAGCCAGGCUGCAGCACGGAAAGCCAGGAGAAGGCACUGGACAGCAAGCAGCUCCCCGACCCCGAGCAGACGGCGGGCCAGCCCAUCCCGUACCUGUCCCCUUACCACGGCUCCUCCUACCGCUGCGCCAACAUCCCGGCGCACGCCCGGCAUUACCAAAGCUACAUGCAGCUGAUCCAGCAGAAGUCGGCCGUCGAGUACGCCCAGAGCCAGCUCAGCUUGGUGGGCGCGAGCAAGGACGCCCAGAAGGGCGCGGAGCCCAAGAUGGAGUGGAAGGUGAAGAUCCGCAGCGACGGCACGCGGUACAUCACCAAGAGACCCGUGCGGGACCGCAUCCUGAAGGAGCGCGCCUUAAAGAUCAAGGAGGAGCGCAGCGGCAUGACCACCGACGACGACGCCGUCAGCGAGCUGAAGAUGGGCCGCUACUGGAGCAGGGAGGAGCGCAGGCAGCAGCUGGCGCGCGCGCGCGAGCAGCGGCGGCGCCGCGAGGUCCUGCUGCGCAGCCGGCUCGAGUGCCUCCGGGAGAGCCCGCAGAGCGGCGGCGAGGGCAAGAGGGAGCUCAGCAUCCUCGAGCUGAGCCACAAAAAGAUGAUGAGAAAGAGGAACAAGAAAAUCCUGGACAACUGGAUGACCAUCCAGGAACUGAUGACCCACGGGGCCAAGUCCCCGGACGGCACCAGGGUCCACAACGCCUUCCUGUCCGUCACCACCGUAUGACCCAGUGAAGGAGAAGGCUGGUUUUAGGAGGGUGCUACCGGUUUGGGUAGAGUACGAUUGCCUCGUUCAAUGCGGCGUUUUUAUAUAUAUUUUGGGACUCUUUAUAGUUUAAAUUUUUUGUAAGCAAAAAUGCCUGGCAAUUUUCUCCUUUCUUUCAUAUAUGGGUACCUCCCUUUGGGGGCUAAGAUCUUUCUUUAACUUGUGAUAUAUUCAUAUUACUCGUUUAUUAAAAAAAAAACACAGAAAGAAAACAACAACAAGAAAACACUUGCAUAGAAAUACCGAGGAGCCAAUUAAUUUCCUACUUUCGUGUACCUAUUCUAAGUUAAAAUCCGGAUUUAUUUCUCUAGUUCGCUUAUUUUCUACUUUAAUAACAACUCGAUGCCAAAACAUUUCUAUGCUUGGUUAGAAUAUGUUUUAAAUCAGACCCGUUAAUAAUAAAUCACGUGCCACAUCUCGUUUUACACACGAAAUCCACGCCUCUUUUUAACAUCCUGUUGUACAUUGAACACAUAAAUGGCUGUUGUCUUUGUCUCAGUAAAAGUGUAGGUGCGCAGCGCGAUCUUCCUGUGGUCCAGAGUGACAUUGGUCAUGUAGCUAGAUAAUGGUGGUAAUUGUGACAAGAAAAGAGAAAUAAAUUAUUGAUUAUCCUUAAUAAAAAGUUAUCAAGGAGUGUUUUAUUUUCAUCAUCCACUGCAGUUAUCAGAUACAAAAUCAGUUUACAUAUGAUACUAUUUAGAAGACUCCUAAUUGCAGCUUAUAAAAUGUAUACAGUUUCUAUCAAUUUUUUCCAAUAAAGUUGUCUUGAAACACUUCCUAGAGAUGAUUGCGUCACAUUUUCCUACCAGGAUUAAGGUAGACAAUAGAUGCCCAGUAUCUAACAGAUGCUAGCUAAACAUUCAAUAAACAUUUGUUUGUGUUUCCUUUGCCUGCUACCCAUGGAAGGAAAAGCCAAGAAAAUUUUCGGGAAAACCAUGGAGAGAGAGGAUCAGUGGAGUGUCCAAGACUGUUUAUAACGCUGUAAUAUAUGUCAGUUUGCUCUGCCUACCAUAACAAAAUACCAUAGACUGGGUAGCUUAAGCAACAUAUAUAUUUAACAGAUCUCGGAAGGAAAAUUGAUUAUUCCCCCAAAGUGUACGAAUUACAGGUAAAAUGGAUAUACAUUGCAUGUAUUGGUACACUUGACCAAUAACCAUACCUUCAAUUCACCUUUGAAAAGUAAUCCAUAGAUAACAUCUCUUAAAAUGUGUAUACAUGGUGGGGGGGGCGCCCUCUGUAUUUUUCAUUGUUUUGGAGGCUAAGAGGUUCAAGAUCAAAUACACUGGAGGUGUGGGUUCAACAUCUGAAUUUUGCAGGUACACAGUUCAGUCCCAAGUUCAGCACUACGUGAAUUUAUUUAGCUAAUUGGGACUAAAUGUGGAGGAACCAUCUUUGCAAUAAUUUCAGCAUAGUCAACUAUAAAUGCUUUAUACAUAGUUCAUUAAAAGGCAAGACCGUUAGAUGACUAGACAGACUUUUUAAAUCAAGCUUUUCAUCACAUAAACAUAUGAACCACAUUGCAUGUCAAUCAUACUGCCUCCAGAGUGAAAGGCCAGAUCAAACUUUGUGCAUGCAAAUAUGAGUUUGAUCAAAUUUUCAUUCAACCUAGCAGACUGUUUUAACAUAAUGAAUGUACAACAUCUGCAUAUUUCUGAAGCUACUUUCCUGUUUAAAAACCUGCAGUGGCUCCUUACUGGCUCUUGAAUCAGACUCCUAUGCCUCUGCCUUCUAUUCACAGCACUCCCUCAACUGGCAUGACUUGCCUAUUGUUCUUCUACCUUCUCUGAAUUACUCCAGGCCCUUUAACAGCCUGCAAAUUUCCGCUUAAGUUAGCGUAUGCUAUUCUCCUGCCUGGGUUUCUGUGACAAAUCCUACACCUCCCUUAGAGUGUGAUCACAUAGAUGUUUUGGCCUGUUUUGAUGACAUCAGAUUAUUUCAGCUUUUUGGCAUAUGCUAUUAGCAUGUUGUUUUACCUUGGAAAUGCUAUUAUUUUGUUAUUUUCAUACAUAGAACGUACUGUCUUCCUAAACAGAUUUUAAGUUCAUAGAGGGAGGCUCCCGUGUCCCCCUCUGUCUCUGUAAGCUUCUGGUAGAAUGCCAUUGGAUUAUUGAUGAAUUGUAGUUGAGCUAAAUUAGUUUAUUCAUUUGUCUCUCUCCUCCACAUACUGGUCCUUUUGUUACUAUUUUUCUUACUUUUUUACCCUUUCAAAUUAUCUUAUCUUUCUUUUCACAAAGAUGAAAAGAAACUAAUCUUAUUUAUAUACACUAAAAGCUGAACUCAAAAAUUUUAAGAUAGUGAUAGUAAUGGCAACCUAAGUAACUUAGUGAUGAAAACUUCAUCACUUCUGAUUUAUCCACUGUUAAUCCAAUGAAUAGGACUACUCUUCCAAGUGUACCUUGAGUUAGCCUUUAGGCACCUAGAGUUAAGUUUUGAUCUUAAAGGUUUUCAAUUAGAAAGUCUAUUUUAAGAGCUCAGUUCUUCUCAGACCCAAUACCUAUGGUUAUUGUUUAUUCCCUUGACACACAACUAGGAUUAAACAUUCAUUUCCUUUAAAUUACUACUCUAGAUAACAUCAUUUGGAACCAACAUGGAGGUUUUUCCAGAAGAAACCUGUAUAGAAGGUUUCCAAAAGAAACCUUCUUUUCCAGAAGAAAUUCUGUAUCUCACAGAAUGCAGUGUUUCCGAAACUACUAUUUGAAGUUUAUUUUUAUUAAGGCCAAAUGUGCUUGCCAAUUUCUGGGAAAUGUGAUGUAGGUGUUUUUCACGUCCGUAUUUAUACAGUUCUACAUAUUAUACAUUUCUACACUGAGAAAUGCCUCUUUUUCAAAAAUGAGUGACAAUAUGGAAAGUGUUAUGCUUUAUCUUUCUACGUAUCUUUGUGCUAAACAUGUUUUUCAG